AGCCUUUUCGGUCCAUGCCGGCAUGACCUGGCACCGAUAAGUUCUACCAUCCGUACCCUUUCUACGAAAGAAGCCUCCAAGAAAUUCGGCCGAUGAAGACGACGGCUAUGAUCUCCAAGAAACCUUUUGCCACAAAGACAACAGCUGACAAGCUGCGAGUGACUAGCUUCCUUGCUGGGGUUACCAUCCUGGUUUGUGUGGCUGACUACUUUCUCGCGGAGAUGGGAGGGGAGAAGGCAAUCCCGGCAGGUGGCCGUUCCUUUCUCAUUGAGACCGCAACCGUGCUAGUUUGUAUGUUGCUGCCAGCUGCUUUCAUGCACAUGUCCAAGGCAGCCUUCAAGCAGAAUGUGAAAGACAGUCCGAAGAAUCGGAAGCUGAUUCCUGGCGAGGGUCACCCGCCGAAGGCUUCGAAAUUGGACAAACAGGUGUCCUGCCAAUCUGACUCCACUGAAACCCCUGAUUCACCAGAGGGGAAGGAGGCUGGUGGCACUGCCAGGAGCAUGUCUCAAGCCGUCGCCGCCGCGGUCCGUGCGGGAGAACGGCAUCGGGCGGAACGUUUGUUGCAUGAAAUGAUGAAAGCCAAGCACCUUGGGGGUCUGGACACCAUGCCCUUCAACUCUGUCAUCCAUGCUUGUGCCAAGACUGGUGAUAUGCUUGGUGCUCGACGGUGGUUGCGUCACAUGCGUUCCGCUGGUGUUGAGCCCAACACCAUCAGCUACAACAUCCUGAUGGACGCAUCUGCCAAGGCAGACGAUGCUGAAGAUGCUGAGCAUUGGCUUUCAGAGAUGAUUAAAGAUGGAAUUCCCGCGAAUGAGGUUAGCUAUGCCACUGUCAUCCACGCGCGUGCCAAGCGCGGUGAGACUGAACGUGCUGAGCACUGGCUAGCGAAGAUGCUUGAAGCUGGGGUGGAACCCAACAUCGUCAGCUACAAUUCGCUGAUCUAUGCUUGUGGACGGAAAGGCGACGCGGCCUCGGCCGAGAAGUGGCUCCGCGAGGCGGAGGAACGGGGACUCUCGCCGAGGGUCACCACUUACACGGCGGUGGUGGACGCAUGCGCGAAGUCGGGCGAUGUGGAACGAGCUGAGCUGUGGAUGGAAAAGAUGAAGGAAGCCAAAGUAGAGCCCAACGUGGUGAGCUACUCCGCCAUGAUCGAUGCCUGCGCCAAAGCAGGGGAUGCGAUUCGCGCACAACGCUGGCAUCAGCGAAUGAGAAAUGCUGGAGUGCAGCCGAAUGCCCACAGCUUCAGUGCAGUGAUCAAUGCCUGCGCCAAAAGUGGAAACCUGACAGCAGCCUACGAGGAGUUUGAUCGAAUGGAGGAAGCAGGAGUGGUUGCUGAUGUCGUGGUCUACAGCGGCCUAUUGGAUGCAUGUGCAAAAGCUGGUGACCUGGAACGCGCCAAGGAAGUCUUUGCGAGGAUGAAGGCAGCUGGUGUGCAGCCCAACGUCGUGGCGUAUGCAUCGCUGGCACGGCCCUUUGCUCAUCGGGGUGAGUGGCAAGAGGUGGAAAGCUUUGCCACCGAUAUGCAGCAAGCAGGUCUUGUGAUGAACGAGUACUUCCUCUAUGCUUUGCUCUUGGCCUAUGCCAGUGCCAAGCCCCGCCAGUCAGAACGGGCAGAGGCCGCCUUCCGCAAGGCCUAUGCCAAGGGCAUUGAGGCCAACAAACAUGUACUGACUGCUUUGGGCCGUGCAGUUGGGCGUGGUCGAGCAGCGCAGAUUGCUCGUGAUCUGGGCAUCAGCUGUGUGGAGUCGCGACGAUGAAAUCCAGCUGUGCCUUGGGCAAGGUCAGGCAAGCGGGCGCCACGCAGCCUUCCACAGUGCAAGUUUCCAUAUCCAAGCAGCUCGGCUACCAAGUCGCUCCACGAUGACGCCAGAAGCAGAAGACAUGC